AUGUCAAAACCUGAGGGAACUUCUAUUGAGCCACAGCUUACUAUCCUCCGUAUUAAGCGCAAACGCACAGAGGAACCUCUCGAUGCAUUGCUUGUUCAGCAGGAUAAAGACAAACGUGUCCGAAGAGAAAGCAAUGCCAAGACGGAUCCCAAAAUUACAAUUCCUGCAUCGGCCCUUCCUACCCUCUUCCGUUUGGCAGAGACAGUUGAAGAAAAGAGUUUCAAGAGUAUAGCUGAAGCACAAAAACUAAAGGAUCGUAUUUCACGCCGUAUACAACCUGGCGGUAGACCCAUGACACCCGAAUCAAGCGACGAUCGUAAAGAUCGUAUGAUGAAAGAACAAUUGAAUACCAAUCGUCAGGCCCGUUACAGAGUGGUUCAGCAGAAUCGGUCGAAAAAUGCCGAAAACCUACCUCCAAUGGUCGAGAGUGCAUCAGAGGUUGCUGCCAAAGAUCUUUUUCAGAUGUAUGAGGCUGUGAAGGAAGACGAUAAAGAAAACUCUAAAGCAAAGUUGUUUAUGGACGAUGAUACUGAAGAUCCUGAUGAUAUUAUGUGCAACUUCAUUCCAAUGGUUAAGGAAUACUUGACAUUGAAUGAAAAGCCACAACUGUCAGAAGAAGACGAAUAUGUAUAUGAUGUCUACUAUCGAGACGAUUCAAAUGUUACAACUGGUAUAAACGCAGCUAAUAUUGGAUCCUUGGUUUGGUUUGACGAACAAGGCGAGUUCUUGAACGACGAUACAGAUAGUGAAUUAGGCGACCACGAAGAUGAAGACUCCAAUGCUGAGGACUAUUAUCAAAAUGACUAUCCUGAUGAGGAAAGCGUUGAAGACUAUGAACACUAUCAUGGCUCUGGAUUAUCAAGCGAUGAGUAUGAUCUAGACGAUUAUUAA